CGGAGGUCUUGUUGUUAUGUGAGCUGCCAGCCAAUGGGAAGCUUCGGUGGGCUGGGACUGCUCUGACGUCUCAGCUUCUACUCUGUUUCCAGUUAGAGACAAAGCGACUGGCAGAGAAGCAGUAACAGCAAGGGUGAGGAUCAGCGAACGUUCUAUGCACAGCGUGUACAGUUCUAAGAAGGCAAAAUGGCAGAUAACCAGAAUGGCACCCAGUGCAACGAAGAUCAGACAGAUACCAGAUCAUUUCCUUCAAGUCCUCGCAUGAUUUCACGAAGCACUGAGCCAAAAGAAAUCGACAAGAAAUCCAAGUUUGAUCAUCUGUUCAAGUACAAAAUGGAUUAUCCAGAGAUGGGGCAGUGUGUCAUUAUAAACAAUAAGAAUUUUCAUCCAUCCACAAGAAUGGGAUCUCGCUCUGGUACAGACACUGAUGCUCGGAAACUAUUUGACACUUUCAAAUAUUUUGGCUAUCAGGUCAAGAUAUUCAAUGAUCUAAAAUGCUCUGACAUCUUUGGAUUAUUAAAGAAAGCUUCCGAGGAGGAUCACAGCAGGAGGAGCUCCUUUGUGUGUGUGCUUUUGAGCCAUGGAGAGGAUGGCGUAAUAUAUGGAGUAGAUGACCAUAUUCCUAUUAAAAACCUUACAAGCCUCUUCAGAGGGGACCGUUGCAAGACUUUGGUGGGAAAACCCAAAUUAUUCUUCAUUCAGGCGUGCAGAGGAACAGAUCUUGAUUGUGGAGUUGAGACAGACAGCGGGAGUGAACAACCCAGUGAAACGUACAGAAUACCUGUAGAGGCAGACUUUCUCUAUGCCUACUCUACAGUCCCAGGGUACUAUUCCUGGAGAAAUACUAUGAAUGGUUCCUGGUUUAUCCAGUCUCUAUGUGAAAUGCUAAAAUUACAUGCCUCCCAGUGUGAUAUUCUUCAAAUACUCACCUGUGUGAAUCACAUGGUAGCUAUGGAAUUUGAAUCUUCUUCGUCCUCCCCAGAAUUUAAUGCCAAGAAGCAAAUCCCAUGUGUGGUGUCCAUGCUCACAAAGUCCCUUUACCUUACUCCAUAAUGAAAGGACGGUGUCAUCCCUCCUUGAUGUAACAUCGAUACCAGCAGCAAAUCACUGACAUCCCAGCUUCAUGCUGGUGUUUGCUCAGUCAUUCCACAGAUAUGAUACCUACAGCCAUUUACUUGAAAAGGAAUAUUUUUAGUCAUUACCGAUGAACAUUUCUGGGGAACGAAGAAAAUAACUAAAAAACAAAAAAAAACAAAGAAACUAUUCGUUGCUAAGCAAGUUCCCAUUUCUGUUAUUUAAAAUAUACUUGCUAGGCUUGUAAGCGUUAUGUACUUGAAAGAGUGACAAUUCAAAGGUCUAAGUGUUCUGGAUUUUUAUUUUUUGUUUCUAUUAAAAAAAAAUAAAAAUAAAGAUAGAUACAACUCCCAGUUUAUCACUUUUCUGUUAUUUUUAGACCUAAAUGCUUUAUUGAAUACAUGCAUAGCACGGCAUUUUAUAUUCAGAAUAUUACAAGAGCAGUUUAAUCCCACGGCAGUGCCACCUUGUAUGUGAAUCGUUUUUAUAAGUUGCGGAGUUAUUUUAAAUGAUUUCAAAGGGUUUAGAGAUUGUACACCUAACGACACUCUUGGCGACGCAUAUACCCAGAUAAAUGCAUGUAUACAGAUCUCCGAAUAAUGCGUGAACAAUUAUGCAGUGCAUGAGUUAGCUUCUUUUUCUUUUU